GAAGCAUGUUUCAGUUACUUUGGUGAGCAGCAUGUUCUUGUUUGGCUGUCACACAGAGACUACUAAUCACAAAAACCAGACCAGCAGGAUCUUUGCAAAUGAGCCUCAGCACAGUUGAAGCUACAUGAACAAAUGAAAUAAAGAGGGAUGUAAAUGUGAACAGACAAAGCAAAGGGGAGGGAGGUUGUAGUUUUCUUUUAGCAGCACUACAGUGAGGACGUUUCUUUUGAAGAAGUGGUAGAUAGUGGUAGUGAAUAAAGAGGCAUUGAGUGGGCGGAGCGUCAGACUGACUGAAGAAGGAGCCUGAAUACCAGACAGUCAGCCAAAGGGAGGGGCACAGGGAAGCUUGGUAGAUGUGUUUUGUCUUCAGCUGUGGAAUAACAACAGGGAAUGACUGCAGGCUCUCUGUCACUUUUCACUGUCUUUUACUUUGGUUAAUUCCUCGUGGAGUGAGUCCACAACCUUCCUGCUAACACCAUGGAUAACUUCCAGACCGUCCUGCGAUUCUUUAUGAAUCAAAAAGCCACCAUUGGUUACAGUUUUAUGGCACUCCUGACUAUAGGCGGGGAGCGAGUCUUCUCCAUGGUCUCCUUUCAGUGCCCAUGCAAUCAUGAUCAGAACUUCACCUAUGGGCUGACUUUCCUGCUGGGCCCGGCUGCGGUGCUGUUAGUCUUUGGUCUGUUCUUCAGCAGCAGGUUGUGGAGGCUCUACACUGGCUGCUGUCUCAAUCCCAUGAAGCUUUGCCCCCGUGGAAACUGCUUCAACUGCCUCAGGGUGUUCACGAGUAUCUUCACUGGGGCUUGUGUGGCUCCUGUAAUGUGGCUCUCUGUGGCCCUUCUCAAUGGGACCUUCUAUGAGUGUGCCGUCAGUGGUCUCGAUAACAACCUGGUGGUGGAUCUGUUCUGUAAAAACAAGACCAUGAAAUGUCGGGAGGAGCUGGCCCAAGUGCCCUGUGACCGCUCCAAACUGUCCAAUAACGAACGCAUGGAGCUGCUGCUAAUGUUAAGGGCCCAGUCACAGAUCCUGGGCUGGUGCAUCAUCAUAACUGCUGCUUUUGUGGGCCUCCUGGGCACCUGCUACAAAAACUGUCGCUCCAAAGUCAGCUACCUGCAGCUCACAUUCUCAAAACGCUACAUGGAGAAAGAGAAGGAGUACUUUGAUGCCUUUGCUGUUGAUCACGCUACCAAGCUGGCCCAGAGAAACCUGCAGAGCUUCUUUGAGAACAGGGACCCUGAUCCAUUCCCUUUUCCCAACCACAAAGCAUGGGAGGAGAUCUCUGCUCUCUACACCUUUUCCAGGAGUGAGCAGUACUACAGCACCCUGCAGCGUUACGUGGAGAGGACAGACAGGGACUUCACACCAGAGAAAAGACCUGUCUUGGACAUGGAGCAUGGAAUAGAAAUGAGUUAGACAAUGUAUUCAAGCAGACAAGCUGUCGUGACUAGAUACUCAUCACUGUUGGUAUUUACCUCUAAUUCUAUUGUAUCUAUAUGUGUAUUGUAUUUGAAUCAGGAAGCCUUCAUGAAGGCUGCAUUCUCAUUGACAAAGCUGUCUUUUCAGUGGCUCAGUGUAAUGGUACAACCCUGUCUAAGCACAUGAAAUGAUAGAAAGCAUAACCACUAUUUUAUACACACUAUUUCUCCCUAUCUCUGUAACACUGCAUGCAUUUAAGGCCUUCUAUUACUGUACUAAGAUGCCGUUUGAAACAUUAGCUCAUUUUUUAAUUGCAAAGUAAUUUAUGAACUAAGGUACAGCAACUUUAAGAGAAUUUAUUAAUUAACAAUAAAUCUGAGCACUGAUUUUUAGUGGAGAGGUAGCUAAGUUAGACAAGUCAGAGUCAUAGAGUCAUAGAGUAUGAUAAGGUACAGAUCAGUACUGAAUACUAAUAGACUGGACACUGAAGUAUUUACAUAUCUAAAUAUUUAAAUAUAUGAUAUAAAUACUUGCAUGUUCUUCCCAUGUUUGCAAUGGUUCUUUUCAGGUUCUCCAGCUUCCUCACACAGUCUUAACACAUGCAGGUUCACUGGUGACUCUGGUGUGUGUGAAUGUGACGGACUCGUAUGCACCGGUGACCUGUCCAAGAAAAAUAAAAACUGAAGAAACUCAAGGACAUAAAAUGCACAAACACUGAAACAUUGUGAGAGAAAGCAGUGAGCAAAGAGACAGAGAAAAUGAGAGAAGGUGUGUGACGUGAAAAAAUAUUUCUGGUCAACCGUGAAUAACAGAAUAAACUCAGCUGUCCUUA